AUGCACAACAUCGACACACUUCCAACUUUUCGCGAAAAUUACCCACCCGUUACUAGUUAUGUUCACAUCGGUCCGUUCUUGCCCUUCUUUUCCCCAUCGUUCGUCCUCGUCAGCAGCGAGCGGGCACGCGGAGGAUGCGGGGAGAGCGCGACGCGGAGGACGCUGGAGGGUGCGGGGAGAGCGUGGGGGACGCCGAAGGACGCGGGCGAGCGGGCGCUCUGCUCCGCCGCGCAGGCCAGCGCGAGCUCCACCGACGCACGGGCGAGCGCGAGCUCCGCGCCGCGCGGCGACUGCGCGUGCUGUAGCACUCCCGAGGCAUCGCCGCGGUGGCAACCAGACCAUCAGUACCUGGCCUUCUACAGCUCCACGCUCGGCGGAGGAGUGAAGACGACGGAGAAGCUCGUGAAGGUAGCCAAGGGAGCAGGGGCGGCGCUCUUGGAUGGCGCGCGGCCUCGUGGGCAUGGGCGGGCUCCGCCGCUGCCACGCAGGGCGCGAGCUCCACUGCGGCCUUACCCUCUCCUUCCCGACCGCCGGGUGUCCGUGGUUACCGGAGGGAAUAGAGGGAUUGGGUUAGAAAUAUGCAAGCAGCUUGCUUUCAAAGGAGUCACGGUAAUACUGACAGCGAGGGACGAGAAGAGGGGUGUAGAAGCGGUAAAAAAUCUUGCAGCGCAGGGGCUAUCCAACAUCCUGUUUCAUCAACUGGAGGUUGGAGAUCUCUCAAGUGCUGCACAUCUCGCUGAUUUUAUCCGGGAGAAAUUUGGCAAACUGGAUAUAUUGGUCAACAAUGCAGGAAUCGUCGGGACGACAACCGAGAUCAGCAACCCAGAAUCUUUUAAGCAAGAGCUUGCAGAUAUGGAUGGCCUGGAAAAGCUUGAAUGGAUCAGGAAGCACACUACGGAGCCUUAUGACAAAGCAAAGGAGUGCUUGAUUACAAACUACCAUGGCACUAAAAUUGUCACAGAAGAACUUCUUCCUCUCCUACAGUUCUCAUCCCAUGGAAGGGUUGUAAAUGUAUCAUCUCAUUUUGGACUGCUCAGGUUUUUCAGUGGAGAAGAACUUAAAGAGGAGCUCAACAAUAUCGACAGCUUGUCUGAACAGAGACUGGAUGAGUUGUCCGAAUUGUUCCUCAAGGACUUCAAGGAUGGCCAAUUGGAGCCUCUAGGGUGGCCAAAGAAAUUCACUGCAUACAAAGUGUCCAAGGCUCUCAUGAAUGCCUAUUCCAGGAUCCUUGCGAAGGAGCAUCCGUCACUGUGCAUCAACUGCGUGCAUCCUGGCUAUGUCCAGACGGACAUGAACUUACAGGCUGGGGAUCUCCCGGUCGAGGAGGGCGCACGGGGAGCUCUCAUGAUGGCGAUGGCACCCAAGGGAGGCGUCACUGGGGCGUACUUGGACAAAACCGAGGUCGCGUCAUUUGUGUAA